GCCUUGAGGCUGGAGUUAGACAGGAGUCGGCAGCCGGACAGCGUGGCAGGCAUCAAGCAGGUCAGUGCUCUGUAAGGGGCCCUGACUGCUAACCAUGGAGAAAACAUAUUAGGAUCCCCCGGCAAAGAGAAACGACAAGGACACCAGCAACGCAACAAAAAAGAAAAGUCUAAAAAAAAAAAAGAAACGUGAACAAUGGUUGCAGAAGAAGUCAUAAUUACUUUAUCAGGUGGAGCGCCAUGGGGCUUUCGUCUCCAGGGAGGAGCUGAACAUCAGAAGCCUCUACAGGUGGCAAAGGUGAGAAAGCGUAGCAAAGCCUGCAGGGCUGGGCUUCAGGAAGCUGAUGAGUUGGUAUCAAUCAAUGACCAGCCAUGUGGGAUGUUAUCGCAUGCUCAAGCCAUGAACCUCAUCGACAGCUCCCCAGGCAUACUUCAUAUUCGUGUCAAAAGAGUUCCAGUAGGUUUCCAGUCAGUAGUACUUGUAACACGUGCACCAUCUCCCCGCAUUGACAAAGAAUACAGAGCAGCCCUGCGCUCCAUGUCUCCUACCCCUCCUCAGCAUGCACCUGUCCGCGAGGUGCACAGGAGCCGCUCGUCUCUGACCAGUGGGCUGACAUCUCCGCCUGGAAGCGAAGCUUAUUAUGGCGAGACAGACAGUGAUGCAGAUGUGGCUGGCUAUGAAAGGCAACGCCGCCAGAAACGACGAAGUCCAAGCAAUUCCGUCCCUGGCAAGCCAACAGGCCGAGCGUCUCCUGAGGGUGGGGAGACCUCCGAGAUGAGUGGCUAUGACAGUGCUCCUGAUGCACAUAUAUACCAUCCAUUAUUAGAAGGACGAAAAAGCAAUGGAAAUGGAGGAAGUGGGUUACCGGGGGUGGCACGCAGGGAAGUGAUAUAUCAGCCUCCAGGGCCAGGUAUGUGGUCUUCUCAAACUUCCACCGAGACGUCGUCCAUUAUCUCCUCAGCAGAUGACCAGGGACCACGGGAUGGAGUCCAAGAAGAUGACAGUGGUUUCAUUGAGCCGGCAAACGUGCCAUUAGUGUCUCCGGAGAGGGCCAAAGAGGCCCUGAUGCUGGGCUCCAGGAGUCAGCUUGUGCCAAUGGUGGGGCCACUGAACAAACCUGUAGAUGAAGAGCUUUCUAAAACAUACAUGGAAAAAGCUAAGCAAGCAAAACUGAACAGAGGGGACACCAUGCAAGACAAAAAUGUUAAAGAAGCCAAAAGCAAGUGUCGAACUAUUGCAUCUCUACUGACUGAUGCCCCUAACCCACAUUCAAAAGGGGUGCUCAUGUUUAAAAAGAGACGCCAGCGAUCCAAAAAAUACACCUUAACCAGCUUUGGCAGUGUUGAUGAGGAUCGAUGUCAGGACUCACAGGAGGAAGAUGGAGUGUUUCCCGGGAGUGAGUCAGAGUUUGAUGAAGAUGGUUUUUCCUCAGUUCCUGAUCCAACUUGGGACAGUGAUUAUAUAGAUAUGUUAGAGAAAAGGGCCACAGCGGGGACAGAGGGACGUGGAGAUGGGGCUGAAGAUGCUCCAAGUCCAGGGUUGAGUGAUACAGCAGGAAAGGGAGCACAACUGUUUGAGCAACAGAGAAAGAGAGCUGUGGAGCAUGCCAAGAAAAUAGAAGCAGCACAUCAACAGGUAUCUUCUCAGCUGCAGGCCCAGGAGCAGCCAGAAAUGCAUCAGACAAGUACAGUUAUGCCUUCACAAAUCCACUCACAUCAGCUACAGCCAAUGAUGUCGUCUGGUCCACCAAUGACGCAAUUUGGUCCAUCAGUGAUGUCAUCUGGUCAACUUGUAGUCCAGCAGGUAUCACAACCUGUAGCCUCUCCAGCUAAAUCUCCAGUGUAUACAGCAAACAUAAUGGCUUCCCCCCCUGUAGCACCAAAACCAAGCACUGCUCCAGUAACUGUUCUUGGUACUCCUGAACCCCCCAGUGAGACCCCAUUACCAGAACAACCAGUGAGUAGUGUGCUAAAUCGAACGGCACGUCCGUUUACACCAGGAUUCAUCAGUAUCCGAGCAUCAACUGCGCCAGUACCCUUCCGACCACCUGUCACCAAAACAAGCCAGAGGCCAGCCUCAGCUGCUGUGAUGGCACCUUUUCCAACAACCUCAGAAGUAAGUGUUCAUGUUCCACCGCUAAUGUCACAGUUACCCACUGUACCCCCAUCAGUAAUUCCCCCACAUGGACCACCCAGCAUGCCUUUGGCUUCAGAGAUUCCUGCAGCACCUUAUCAGCCAGUCUUCUCUACCUCAGCACAAACUUUACAGGCAGCACCACCAAUAACAGCAGUCCAUCAAGCUCAACUGGUCACAAUUCCCCCAUUGCCUGUGCCCACAAUUCCUUCAGCUCCACAAGUACCUAUGCCUCCACCAAAUCUUCCAGCAAUGCCACAAACAGUUCCUAGUGCUCCAGUGCCCCCCGUGCAGGCAGCAGUGCCCCAGAUGCCCCCUGUGCAGGCAGCAGUGCCCCAGAUGCCCCCUGUGCAGGCAGCAGUGCCCCAGCUCCCUCCCAUGCAGUUCUCUGCGCCUGUGGUACCAGUGUCUGUUGUCUCUCAGCCAGAACUGGUUCCACCCACUCCUGUUCCUGGAUCUACAGGUCGCACUGGAAUCUUAUUGGAUUCACUGCGACGCGGUGGAAAACCCAAACCAAUGUUUACUGUCCCUGAAGUUAAAAAACAUUCACCUAAUCCUGAACUUCUGUCCAUGGUGCAGAACCUUGAUGAAAGAUCAACCAGACAAAGAUAUGGCCAAAGCUCUGAAGCAUACAAUGAUGAAACAGAAGACCAGAAGGGUGGUGAUUUUGACAGGCUCCCUCCUCCUGUAGCACCUAAGCCUAAGGUUAUUCACGAAACAACACCAAUCCUACAAGCAGAAGGUAAAGGGGCCCAAUUAUUUGCAAAAAGGCAAAGUAGAAUGGGUAUGUAUGUGAUUGAUACCCCACCUGAGACACCUUACCAGCAAGAGGUGUCUUUUCACAGUUCAGUCCAAUCUAGUCAUCCCUCAAUGAACCCUGACAUCUCUUCUCAAUGGAAAUACACCCCAAAUGUUCGAGCUCCACCACCAAUUGGGUACAAUCCUCUUUUGGCACCCACAAUUCCUACUGGCCCUCAGAGAGAUACUAGGACUGAAGGUCAAAGCAGAGCACCCCCCCAGAGAGAUGGAAUCAAAGCUCUGGAUUUUAUGAGAAGACAACCAUACCAGCUCAAUUCAGCCAUGUUCAACUACGGUGGCAGUGUAUCUAAUCUGUCAGCUUUACCUUCUUAUCAGGCUCAGAGGCAGCAGCAGGCAGGUGAUUAUGGAAUGGUCGGCAGUUCCUUAACUACACCCAAACAAAUUCCAGUCAAAACCGCACGAGUUUAUGAGAUCAAACGAUUCUCCACACCGACUCCCAUGUCUGCUCCCACCUUGACGCCAAAAGUGAUAGCACCCCGCUCGGCCACCACACUGGGAGACCGCAUAACGCUUUCAGGUACCACCUCUCCUCCUCACGUUGCCCCAUUCUCACACCCUCAAGCACCUCUCCUUUCAGCACCGGUAAGCAGUGCAACAUCUCAGGCAGCAGCUCCCCCUCAACCAGUGGGUCUGCCCAGGCUGCCAACGUUUACGGCUCCUGGUGUCCCCAAUCCAGUGCCCCCCUCUGUCCCCACACCUUAUACUCCAGUGUCAUACUCCACCGGGCUCCAGGCAGCCAAGCAGUUUCAGAGCGCCCCCGAGCUCAGUAUCUUGGCCUCUUUGCCCCCUCUUAAAUCAACUACAGUUCAAGCACCAAAGCCACGUUUUGUAGCUACUAAGGGUGGCGUUCAGCCUCGUGUGUGGAGGCCAGGUGCAAUGUAAACAGUUACAAGAGAAAGUCUGCUGGUUAAUAUUUAAAUGAUGAAUGUAGUAACGAAUGUAGGGCUGUGCAAUUUGAAUUUUAAUUGAUAUCAAGAUUCUGUCACUUAGGCAGAGUUUAGAUUUUGAAGGAAGAGAUUUGACUAAAUGGCAUUAAAUCUAUAUUGUUUAUGUUCAGAAAAUCAACAGUGAAAGGCAUUUUCAUUUCUUUUCAAUAAGACAAAAAACCUGAAUUGAAAUAUUUCAUAGAGAGAGAGAGAAAGAGAAAAAAUGAUUUAUUCAUUUUAUUAUCAUAUCACCGAGCCCUAAAUGAAUUAAAAUAAAA